AUGACUGACUUCAAACCGGAUCCUCUCCGCUUUGACAACCUACUGGACAACGAGAAGCGAAAGUUUAAGAAUUUUUUGCUUUCGGAACCCGAAAUCUCAAUGUACAAGAAGUGGAAGCAUUCGGAAAAGAGAUGUUUCGCGCUUUCUCUAUUGAAUUUUUUAUUCAUGGCAACACAACAGAACAGGUGUGUUUUUUUCCGUUGUGCCGUACUUUACAGUGAGUUAUAG